AUGGGCUUGGCUUCGAUCUCAAUCUGGCAAACAAUAGCCGCCGCUAUCAACAGAUCAAGUCAAAUUACCAAUUUGCUCAACACCACCAUCGACGACCCCAACAUUCAGCAAUGCCUCUCCGAUUGCAGCCAGAGCUACAUUGAUGCCAUUGAUCAGCUAAUUGACAGUGUCGCAUCUUUGGAUAAUAAAAGCUAUAGUGAUGUCAAUAAAGCCCUCUCAUCCGCCAUGGGUGACGUGUUGUUGUGCCAAGAAGUUUUUUCAGAUGAUGCUACCAAUCCCUUUUUGCUUAGAGACAGUAAUAACAAGUUCACCCAGUUAUGCAGUAAUGCUUUAUCCAUCACCAACCAAUUGGCUGGUUCUGCUACCUAA